GUGACGUAUUUCCGGUUUCAGCUGCGUGCUCCUGUAAUAGUCGGCCAUUCAACGACACAAAGCGUCUCUAAACGUAUCAAAUAUUUUUUUUGUGUGAGAUUUCUAAACUGUCUAACUGGUCUUGCAAGCGAUAACAAUUCAUUUUGUUUUUGUAACCUAAUUAACUGUAUCGCUGGUCAUAAAAUGAAUUGACAAUGUAGCUAUUUUCUUCUGAAGAGCGGAGGUCGACGCUAACUGCUAGCUUUGUUAGCCACUCCAGGGCCUUUAGUGCAUGUAAUCACGUUGGCCUUCUGUGGCUUUGUUUUAUAAAAAUGUUUCCUUCUUGGGGGAAUUACGGGGCUCCUCCGCCGCAAAGCUUCGGAGGACCUGGCCCUCGAAAGCCUCCAAUCGGAACAGGUCAGGCUCCUGGUGGUUUCGGCGGCUACGAGGCCUCCUCUAGCGGCUCGUUGUUCUCCAGCCUUCAGGAGCAGCACCGACAGCAGAUGCAGCAGCUCCAAAUGUUGCACCAGAAACAGCUACAAUCCGUGUUACACCACGGUAACAGCGGCACUGGGUUUGGAGGUGGACUGUCGGGUGGGUUUAACGCGGCCCCGCCGUGGCAUUCAGAAGGACCGGGCCAGGUAGAGGGCGCUGAAAAUAGUCAGCAGUACAUUAUGCAGGAAAAGACUCCGGUUCAGACACCGAGGGGACCCCUACCACCUAAUCAGGGCCAGCAGCCGCAACCUCCACCGCAGCCGCAACCAGCGGAGUCCAAGCCGAUUCCUCCACCGACGAUUCCUCCACCACCCAAGUCGCAGGAAAACAUCGGCGCUCCAGUGGCCAGCAACACAAACCCGUCCAGCACGAAUGAUAACAAAUCCGUACCUUUACAGGAUCAACAGAAUGUGUGGUACAAACAGCAUCUUCAGAAUUUACAGAAACUGAGGCAGGAGAAAGCCCAGCAAAAUCAGACAGCAGGCAAUGCCUUUCUAACGCCGCAGCCACCCAGUCAGGCAAUGCCUCCUCCCCCUCCCUCAGAACCACCAAAAGGCACACCCCCGCCACCGCCACCAAGAGAAGAACCACCUGUGCCACCCCCACCUCCUGUAGAAGUAGCGAGUGCAAAUGUAGGAAACUCACCUAAUUUUACAGACACACCUGAUGCUCCAAAAGACCCAGAGGAGGCUGCUCGUCUUCAGCAAUUGCAGGCUGCAGCAGCACAAUGGCAGCAGGUGCAACAGCAGAGAGUUAGCUUGCAAUACCAAGCUCUCAUGCAGCAACAUGAAAAACUUCAGCAGAUUCUUGAACAGUAUCAACGACUGAUUCAGCAACCUCCAAACCUGCAGACAAUGUCUGCGGAACUGCAGCUGAGGCACUAUGAAAUGCAACACCAGCAGUUCAUACCUUUAUUCCAAAACUGGAAUAGUUCUUUUGCUUUGUGGCAUGAACAGUUUCAAUCUUAUCCUCACAAAGACCAGUUGCAGGACUAUGAGCUCCAAUGGAAGCAGUGGCAAGAGCAGAUGAAUGCUACCAAUGCUCAUCUUCAAGAGAGGGUGGCCACUAUUACUGCUAUGGUGCCAUUUGCCUCAGGCCAGUAUGGUGCUAUGAUGGGACAGCUUGGCCAAUACCCUGGACAAGAUAUGCCAUUGCAGCAGCAAGUAGUGAACCCUGGUGUCCAACCCACUGUGGUUGGUGCUAUUGCCACUGCUCCAGGUCCUGCUGGUGCCCCAGCUGCAAGUACUACAGGUGCUACAGCUCCAGACCAACAACCUCCUAUCUUUGUGGCACAUUCAGAAUCAUCUGAUGGACCCCUUGUACAAGGAAGUGUUCCUGGUGGGGUUGGAGUCAUACCCCCUGGUCCUUUGACUAUGCAAACAUCAAGUUUCAAUAGCAUAAGAGAACCAAGGCCCAGCAGAUUUGACCAACCACCACAAGGUUUUGAUGGGCCCCCUACGUUCGACCAAUCACAGCAGCGUUUUGAUGGUCCUCCAAGGUUCAACCCACCACGUCAACGAUUUGAAGGCCCAACAUUUGAUCAACCACGGCAGCAUUUUGAUGGUCCGACAAGGUUUGACCAACCACGUCAGCGCUUUGACGGUCCAUCAAGGUUUGAACAACCACGACACCGUUUUGAUGGCCCCCCAAGGUUCGACCAGCAACGUCCUCGCUUUGAUGGUCCCCAAAGGUUUGACCAACCACGGCAACGCUUCGAUGGUCCCCAAAGGUUUGACCAACCACGGCAACGCUUCGAUGGUCCCCAAAGGUUUGACCAACCACGGCAACGCUUUGAUGGUCCCCAAAGGUUUGACCAACCACGGCAACGCUUUGAUGGUCCCCAAAGGUUUGACCAACCGCGGCAGCGCUUUGAUGGUCCUCCGAGGUUCGACCAGCCACGGCACCGCUUCGAUAAUCCACCCAGACAUGACCAGCCUAAUUUUGGACAGCAAUCUAGAUUGGAUUCCUCAAGACCCCCUUGCCCUCCACCACGUUUUGAAUCUCCUUCAGCCCCUCAGUUAAAACAGCAGCAGGGUCCUGAACCUAAAUUGGAGACCGACAUUCAAAAUCCUGCAAGUUCAGAUUCAACAACCUUGCCAAAAACACCUGCUCAACCACUGUCUAACAAAGAUGAAAGUAUACCUAAUAAGUCAACAGCUGAUGACUUGACAGAUGAUAAUUUGCUUGGAUCAGAUGGCUUUUUUAUUCAAAAUGAUCCUAUUCCCCAGACAUUAAAAAGUAAGAAAGAGUCUGAGGAAGCAAAAAAUAAAAGUGUCACUGAUGAUAGCAAUAAAGACAAACCUAGUACAUCAACGAAAGACUCUGGUUCAGUAUCAAAACCUCCACCACCUCCACAAAAUUCCCAAAAGGACGAUGGACCAAUGAUAGACAACAAAAAAUCAAUUAAAACGACUGCUGGAAUCCAACCAGAACUACAAAGUUCAGACCAGUUGGCACCAAAACCAGAACCUCCAAAUCUACUUCCUGGCAGGGGACGUGGCCAGCCUCCACUGCGUGGACUUGGGCGUGGACAAUUGGGCCCUGGCCAGUUCAGAGAACAUAAUAUUGCACAAACUGAGGAGGGGGUGGACGAAAUGCCUUAUGACUACAUUCCACCGGAGGAAGAUGCAGAAAUACCUGAAGAGCAACAAGACUACUGGCAAGAUCCUUCAUAUCAGGGGUUUGGCGAGGAUGAAUCAGAGGUGCGUCCUGAAGACACAUGGGUCCCAGAAGAACAUUACUUUGAAGAGGAAGAGUAUUAUGAGGAGCCAGUGGGACCAUUUAUGGGGCGAGGUAGACCCCCAUUGAGAGGAGGGCCCCCAAUGGGGCGAGGAAGACCACCCAUGGGCAGAGGAUUUCCUCCCAUGGGGAGAGGUGUACCACCCAUGGGUAGAGGAUUUCCUCCCAUGGGCAGAGGAGUACCACCCAUGGGCAGAGGGGGUCCGCCCAUGGGUAGAGGAGGUCCACCCAUGGGUAGAGGGGGUCCACCCAUGGGCCGAGGGGGUCCACCCAUGGGCCGAGGAGGUCCACCCAUGGGCCGAGGAGGUCCACCCAUGGGCCGAGGAGGUCCACCCAUGGGUAGAGGAGGCCCACCAAUGGUGAGAGGUGGACCACCCUUUAGUAGAGGAGGCCCACCAGUAGGUAGAGGAGGGGCACACAUGGGAAUAGGGGGUCCAGCAGUUGCUAGAGGAGACGUAGAUGAUAUGCACUGGGCAGAGGCUGAGUCAGCAGAGUGUUCUGAGGAAGGAGAACCCUACUGGGAAGAAUGGCAGCCUCAAAUGAGAGGCAUGAGACCCCCAUUUCCACCUGGUCGUGGUCGUCCUCCACGUGGGCACCCUGGUUUUAUGCCUCGAGGCCGAGGAGGUCCACUUCACCCUAUUCACGGUGAAAUGGGUCAUGAGCCUGUAGGUCAUGAAAUGGAGUUGGAUGAUGCCAACAUGGAUCAGUCAAUGCACCCAAUGUACCACGAGCACGACCCAUAUGGCCAUCCAGGGCAUCCUGAUGUAGGAAGAGGCAGGCGACGCAUUCCACCUCCGCCCCAUGAAAUUAUGGAUCGCUUAGAGGAGCCUUUGUAUGAAGGAGCUGAAGGAGAUUCUGAAUGGUACCCUCCACGAGGCCCUCCAAUAACUCCACACGAAAUAAUUGACAGGGGAGGAAUGAGAAGACGACCUAUGGGUCGAGGAAUUGCAAGGGGAAUGUGGCGCCCAGGUCCACAUCAUGAGGGAUAUGAAGAGGCAUAUAAGGAGGACCAAGCUUUGGAUUAUGAUCGAGGUGAGGGUGAGUACCGCCGGCCUCCAGCUCCAGAGUUUCCACCUGAAGACUAUCGCCAUGAAGCCAAGUUCCGUGAGGGGGAGUGGGACAGAGAUCGUCCUCUUCCUGAAAGAGAGUAUCCUCCCCGCAUGCCGCCCCCACCGCACCUCAGAGAGGAACGCUGGGAUCCAGAAACAGAGAGACGUCGCUCGUAUCCAUAUGAUGAAAACGAUAGGGCAAGGGGAGAGCUACGAAUUCUUGACUAUAGGGAUGAGCCCCCAUACAGACUGGAUGAACCGCCACACCUGCGGGCUUCAGACUGGGAUAGACCUUCUAGGCGUUCUCCAUUACCAGUGAGGACAUAUCCCGAUUAUGGUGACCUUAGACCUCAGUAUGAGGAGCGCAAGGAAGAGCCACCACCUGCUGGAUCUGCAACAGACUUGCCUGGAAGCUCAGUUGAAGCAGCAACCCAAGGAACAAGCGGGGCAAAUGUGCUUGCCCUUUCUCAAAGGCAGCAUGAGAUUAUCCUGAAAGCUGCUCAAGAACUUAAGCAAAUAAGGGAGUUGCAAGAGGGAAAGACCCCUAGUACUGAAAAACCACAACCUGCAUCCAGUGACCUUCUGACAGAGCUACCUGCAGGUCUCCUUGGCUUGGAGAUCCCACCAGAUGUUAGGAAUGUUUUAAAGGGUAUGAGUGCUGCUGUUCAGCCAGCUGCUCCUGAAUCAGCGUCUUGGGAAAGCAAACCUGCUGCUGCUGUAGAUUACCAGUCGUCACUGUCUGCUUCAGCCAAACCGCCAGUAAUUCCUAAAACGGUCGAUUAUGGACAUGGGCAUGAGCUCGGGGCAACUGUAGAGCGGAUUGCAUAUGGUGAGAGAAUAGUAUUAAGACCUGACCCAAUCCCAUCAGAUCGCCUCUAUGAUAAAGAACCACUCAGUCUCAGAGAUUCCUACAGCCGAGAUCCAUAUUAUGACCGGCGACCAGACCCCUAUUUGGAUCGCCGGGAGUACAGCAGAGAGAGGGAGUUGUACCGAGAUGCGCCUCCUGAAUAUGAAAGAGACAGAUAUGAGAGGGAUCGCUAUCAUUCACGGGAAAGAGAUGAGAGCACACAUACCUUGGUUGAAGAAAGGUCUCCACUACCUCCUCGAGCGGCAUACAGGGAAAGAGACAAGGAGCGAAGUGGCAGUCGUGACCUAGACGACUAUUAUGGAAGGCCUGGCUAUGACAGACCUCUGUAUGAGCGCUCUGGACCAGACCGCAUCGGGCCUGAGCGUUACAGCUCGCCUUACUUGGAAAGAAGAGGUUAUCCAGAGGACCGAGGACCACACUCUGCCGCCCCACUGCCUCCUCCACCAACACCGCCUCCUCCUCGAGUCGAGAAGAAGCCUGAAAUUAAAAAUAUUGAUGACAUCCUCAAAGCACCUGGCAGAUUAUCUCGACCUGAGAGGAUUGUUAUUAUAAUGAGGGGCCUCCCAGGAAGUGGAAAAAGCCACGUUGCAAAGCUUAUACGGGACAAGGAAGUUGAAUCUGGUGGCGCACCUCCAAGAGUUCUUGUUCUGGAUGAUUACUUCAUGACGGAGGUGGAGAAAGUUGAGAAAGACCCAGACACCGGGAAGAGAGUCAAAACUAAGGUUCUUGAAUAUGAAUAUGAACCCGAGAUGGAGGAUACCUACAGGAGCAGCAUGCUGAAAACAUUUAAGAAAACUCUUGAUGACGGAUUCUUCCCUUUUAUUAUUCUGGACACCAUUAAUGACCGAGUGAAACAUUUUGAACAAUUCUGGAGCGCAGCCAAAACAAAAGGCUUUGAGGUGUAUGUAGCUGAAAUCACGGCUGACACACAAACGUGUGCAAAGAGGAAUGUCCAUGGGCGCAAGCUUAAGGAUAUAACAAAGAUGUCCAACAACUGGGAGUCAUCUCCUCGUCAUAUGGUGCGCCUGGAUGUGCGAUCCUUGCUUCAAGAUGCUGCCAUUGAGGAGGUUGAAAUGGAGGACUUUAACCCCGAAGACGUUCCCCAAGAAACCAAGAGGGAGGAGGAAGAAGAGAGCGAUCUGGUAGGACAAAAAAGCUCCACCUCUUAGCCACAUAUUUUCAUGUCUGCUUCUAUUGAACAAAACAUACGCAGGAUUAAUUGUUUUCCAGAUUGAUCUGUAGUGUUGGAUCAAACAAAAACGGAUGAAAUCCCUAAGACUAAGAAAGCACUGUAGUUUUAGUUUAUUACUGUUUUAAUGUUUCUAACUUUAUAAUGAUAUUUAAACACAAUUUGCAUCAAAUAGAUUUCCCCCUUAAUGUAAGAUUCCAGUACAUCACAGUAAAACAUAAAACUAAACCAAUGAAAAUUGAUGCUAUCAAACCAAGAGUUGAAAAACAUACUACUAAAAUGUCUUAGUAUUAUCUCUUUACAAUGUAAGAUAUAGUGCAAUCUACGCAUAAAUACUGUUUUUGUAUGUUUAUACAUCACAAUAAUUUAAACCAUUAAUGAAAUGUGGUGGUCAGCUUUG